GCCUCUAUAUAAACUUAUGCAACCCAGUCUUUUUGACGCCCUCAUCGGUUUUCACCUUCCUGCAGACGACAAAGGAAAGUCUGAUCAAAAAUGGCAGCUGGUAAAGCACAAAUUGGAAAACUUGCCCCUGACUUUACAGCCAAAGCUGUCAUGCCUGAUGGCCAGUUCAAAGACCUCAAGUUGUCUGACUACAGAGGAAAGUAUGUGGUGCUCUUCUUUUACCCUCUGGAUUUCACCUUUGUGUGUCCCACUGAGAUCAUCGCCUUUAGUGAUGCUGCCGAGGAAUUCAGGAAGAUCGACUGUGAGGUAAUUGGUGCCUCUGUUGACUCACACUUCUGCCACCUGGCCUGGAUAAACACCCCUCGGAAGCAAGGGGGUUUGGGUCAUAUGAAGGUCCCUCUAGUGGCGGACACAUUGCGUUCCAUCUCCACAGACUAUGGUGUGCUGAAACAGGAUGAGGGCAUUGCCUACAGAGGCCUUUUCAUCAUUGACGACAAAGGCACGCUGAGGCAAAUAACCAUCAACGAUCUGCCGGUAGGCCGCUCUGUAGAUGAGACACUCCGCCUGGUCCAGGCCUUUCAAUUCACUGACAAACAUGGAGAAGUUUGUCCAGCAGGAUGGAAGCCUGGAAAGGACACAAUCAAACCUGAUGUCCAGAAGAGCAAAGACUUCUUCUCCAAACAGAACUAAACAGACAAGACUGUGGAAAGCAGGUUCAACGCUGGCAUUUUGCUCUAGGACAUCAGUAACCUGAUUAGCACUGUUUGCUAAGCCUGAAACGUGUAUAAGUCUUGUAAACUUUGUCGUAUGACGCUGUGAGCAGUAGGAUGAGGAGGAAAUUACAAAACCAAAAAUGUGAUGUAAUGGUCCUCAGAAGAUGAUCACAUUCUUUUGAUUUGGUAGCCUACUUUUUAAAAUACUUAUGUGACAAAACGUUAUAUGCUUAAAAUUGUGUGUUAGUAUGUGUGGGUAUUUGAUUUCACAACAGUAAAUAUUGUUUGAGCACUUUAAUUUACAUAUUGAAGAUUGAAAUCUAAUCUCAGUCUCUUCACGCAUUUUGUAAUAAAUUCAUGUUGAGAAUUCA